AUGACUUCUACGAAUGAUGAAGAAAAAACGACACUUCAUUCGUUGGGCAAUCGAACGGUUGUUCGAGUCGGCAACAAUCUCGUCGUGAAAUCGGGCAGAAUCCGUCCCCACGAAGCCUCAACACUUCGUUUUAUUGCAGCAAAAACGAAAAUCCCUGUGCCUAAAGUUCAUGAUGUCCAUUGGGAAGAUGACAAAAUCGUGGCUAUCGUGAUGGACUAUAUGCCUGGCCAGCGACUGGAUGAUGCAUGGGAGACCUUAAACCCCGACCAGAAACUUUCUAUUGCUUCGGAGCUCAAAGGCUAUAUGGAUCAACUUCGCGAGUUGAAGGGUGACUAUAUCGGAGCCAUCGAUCGUGGCAAAGCUGUGAUUGGACAAAUCGCAUCAAUCGAAGGCGGCCCUUUUGAUUCUGAGCAACAAUUCAACGAGUUUAUCCUAGGAGACAUCGUGAAAUCAGCCCCAGAUAUACUGCGACACUACGCCAAGUUUGCGCUCAUGGAGAACCAUGAGAUUGUUUUUACUCAUGCCGAUUUCGCCCCGCGUAACAUUCUUGUCGAAGGGGGUCGGGUCACGGCUAUCCUUGACUGGGAAUAUGCUGGUUGGUAUCCGGAAUACUGGGAGCAUAUCCAGGCGCUUCGACAAGUGAAGCCGAUGCCCGACUGGCCAGAAUAUCAGUCACUCAUUCUUCCCCCUCGGUAUGAGAGGGAAUAUAUCGGCAUGUCUUUCCUAUCUCGUCUCUUACGCCACUAG